AUGCAGAAAUUUGAUCUCAAGUUCUGGCAAGAGAACCCUGACAAGCGCUCUCUCUGGUCCACUGCCUACCUCUUUGGUAUGACAGAUAUUGUGCCACUGCCUUGGAUGCAUGAGGAUGCACUCCUCAAGUCUCUCAUUAAUGGACAUGCCCAGUAUUUACUCGAUAAUUCUACCUCCCUGCUCAAUGCUUUCGUUGACAGCAACCUCCGAGAUGAUGUUUUUUUGUCAUGCCACAUUCCUCAUGACUGGAACCAGACACCAUCUGAUGACCGCCUCUGGAUUAACCUUACUUCACUAUAA